GUGCAGCUCCUCCCUUUCAGGUCUCUCCAGGGUUAUUGCUUGGUGGGAGGUAGGUUCAGGGCUUGGUGGUAUGAAUGAAAGAGAGAGAGGAAAUCUGGACUGAAAAGCUCAAACUGGAAUAGCUCGCCUGUCUCCAGGCAACAGGCCUGACGCAACCGCUGGGAAAAAAAAAAAAAAAAAAAGUCCCUUAAAUAAAAAAAAACACACACACACACACACACAGAUUUCUGAAGCGAGACAGAGAGGAGGAUGAGACAGUCUCCUGAAGGCGCUGGUGACACUGCUCUGCAAAUACCAAGUUGGAGACCCAAGGUGGAAGGAGGGAGCCAAGAUGUCCGUGCAAUCUUCCUUCUGACUCGGUCCCUGGUGUUCAUCCAGAGCCGGCACAGUGCUUGAGCAGGAGCCACCACCCUGAGGGGCUGCGUUUUGUCACUCUGCAGGAGCUGGUCUAGCCCUGAGGGUUUCCCACCUCCGUCCCUGGCCCUUUGCAGCACAUCCUUAUGCUUUUUGAGUCCCAGAGAGGAUGUCUCUACCCAAAAUCCAAAUAGAAGAGGCUCUGGACAGCGCAGAGAGUGGCUCUGGAGGUGCUGCUCCUCCUGAUGACCACCUGAGGAGCCUCAAGGCAUUGACUGAGAAGCUGAGACUGGAGACCAGGCGCCCAUCCUACUUGGAGUGGAAGGCGAAACUGGAGGAGCAGGCAUGGAAGAGCUCCCAGCCAACGGGAGAGGAGGAGGAAACUGAGGCCAAAAAGGCCAUGGGGGAGCCUGUCCCCUUGAGAAAGGUGCAGCUGCAUCUCAAUGGGAGCCCUGCCCAGGACAAGGUGACUCUUACCUCAGGGAGAAUAGGUGGCUUUGAGAGCAUCGACGAAGCUUUGACGUGGCUCAGGAAGGAACUGGCAGAAAUGCGCCUGCAGGACCAGCAGCUUGCAAGGCAGCUCAUGCGCCUUCGCAGUGACAUCAACAAGCUGAAGAUCGAGCAGACCUGCCACCUGCACCAGCGCAUGCUCAACGACGCCACGUACGAGCUGGAGGAGAGGGACGAGCUCUCUGACCUCUUCUGUGACUUCCCCCUCAUGAGCUCCUUCAGCCUCUCCACACCGCUCAAGCUCAUCGGGGUCACCAAGAUGAACAUCAACUCCCGGCGGUUCUCGUUGUGUUGAAGGGGGGAAGAAGAGGGAAGGAUGGGGGAGAAAGAGAGAGAGGACUGGGCAGCGCCAGGGCUCUCUCCGCCUGAUGGCUGGGUGAAAAAAGGCCAAAAAGGAGCAAAGAGAACAGGAUCAAACAGGGAACCCACAGCUGGUCUUGGUGGCAGGGUAGAGCAGCAGAGCUGGGCACUGGGAUGGCCCAGAGAUGCUCGUCGAGAAGACAGGACCUGCACGGAGGAAGCGUGGAGAGCAUCUGAACCCAACACGUUCAUUUACCCGGCUCCUUUGCAAAGUCCCUUCUCCUUCUCUUCCCCCCACGGUAACUAGAGGACACAGCUCCAUUUGUGGUUGGUUGUACUCAAAAAUCAAAGGAGGGGGUCAAAGAUCAGCCACAAAGCAAAGUAAAAUGCCUUCUCCCUUCCCCUUUAUCUCCUCCCAGGCUAGAGAUGUCUCUUCAGAAAAUAAGUCACUCUCUUCCACGGAUGUCUCCUUGGGCAUCAGUCCUUAGCCUCUGCUGGCCCAAGUACAGGCUCCAUGGAGCUAUUUCAGGUGGGAAGCUGAUUUCCAGUGGAAAGGAGCCCUCCCAUCAGGUGAGGAACCAUGGGUUAAAUGAUAUGCAGCCCCAAGAUGUGGUGAGAAGAUGUGUUUGUUGACUUGCUCCAUUGAGUCCAGUGUACUCUAGCUUAAUUUUGCCUGUGGUAUAGAUUAUGGACAAAUCAUGGACAUAUUUAUAUAGAGACUCCAGCUGGCCAGAAGUCGCCUGUGUGCCUGGAAGUUCUACCCAGAGCAAUAUGUGUUUCUGAUCUUCUUGUCACCAGUAGCCACAAGACCCUGUGGUUGACCCUGCAAGAAGUAGAUCAAAGGAGGUAACUUACUCCCAAGACAUCUCAUAUCAGAGAAAUCACCCCAGGCUGACAUUCACCCAACAGCAGCACCAGAAAAUCCUGGGUCCUCUGUAGCAACACACAUCCACCAGAGAAAGGAACUUCAAGAGGAGAAAAUGGACCUCUGUGUAACGAACAUAAAGUGUGACUAUAAGAUUAAAGGGAAGAAUAUUGCUGCAAUGAGCUUUGGACCUGCAGCAAACACAUGGGAUUCCCUCUCUGCUUGGCAGUACGUAAGAUGGAUGUUAUAUUUUCUUGCCUUUCAGUGCAUAUAGCUGCACACCUGCCUGUACAUGGCAUGGAGGGCAGAGACACCCGUGGUGUAGCCCAACAGGGGCAGGGACUCAAGACGUCUAGCCAUGGCAACCUAGGGACACCUGGCAGCCAAGGCAGUCUGUGUAGAGGGAGUGCUGGUCUCUCUAGGCUCUCCCUUCUGUGCCAACACCACUCCUGACCACGUCAGAGUGGUAAAAUCUCUCAACCCAUCGCCCCAGCCUAUCUCUGCUCUCCUCCACGUGCCCAAGCAGAGAGCUCUGCAGCUGAGUGAAUGUGACUGUGUCCACGCAGCACCAGCCCAAGCCCUGGGGACAAGCAGGAGAUGCAAGCCAGCACUGAGCUGAAACCUGGGUGGCUGUGUUGACGUGCCUGUACCUGACUGUGUCUGUAAGGUAUCAGCCAUUCAUCCAGCUAGACCCAAUCCCUGAAGUUUUAGUCAACCCAAAGCUCUACAUAAUUUCCAGCAUGAAGAAGUUGCUUAAAAAUGAAUUAGCCCAGCUUCAUUUCUGACUUCUUUUGGGUCAAUUAAGAGGAAGCACAAAGUAAUUUUACACAUUUUAACUUACGGUCAGCUGGCCACUCUCCCUGGCAUGGUCUGCUAUGACAUACUACUAAUGGACAAGAUCUUGGUCAUCUGUCACAGCCCCAGCACAGCAACGAUGAAAAGGGUCAUUGCUCUUAGUAGUGUUUCAUUCCUCACCCUUUUGGCACAGGGAAGUACUAUCACAUAAUCAGCGAGUGAUUUGUAUUUUGACAUGUCCCACAAUUGCCUGCAUAUAAUCCUUAAUGAAAUUCAAUGGAGAUAUCAUCACAAAAAUGCCCUGAUAGGUCCCACUUACACCAGCAAAGUCAGGGAAUGACAUGUUUAAGGACAUAAAGACUGAAUUUUCAUAUUGCCUCUGCUACACAAUAUUUCAACUACCCCAGUCUAACCUCUUUUAUAUAUAUAUAUAUGGGAAAUAAAACCAUCUGGAGUAUUCCCAGCA